GAUAUAAAGUGUGACUAAACUGAACAUAUACUUGGCAGAUUCUCAUCAUGAACCGUGCAUUUAGCAGGAAGAAAGACAAAACAUGGAUGCAUACGCCUGAAGCUUUAUCAAAACAUUACAUUCCCUAUAAUGCCAAGCAUGUAAUAGGUGCCAGAUCCUAGGUACAUAAAACAUCUGCUCCCAAGUCUCACGGGAGACACCUACUAAAAGAAGUACACAAAAUUGGAUGAUUGAAAAUACAAGUAAGACUCUUUGGUGUCGUGGCCUUGAGUAUUAUGCAAGGAUUUAAUAAAGGUAAAGAAAACGUUACGGCAAGAGGAAAAAUAUACACAGAAGAGCAAGAGCCUGAGAAGCUUCCAAGGAGCACACCUCUCUAGGGUCCUUGUUAGUCACGCGAUACUCCUUGUGAACAAACAGCCUAUGUGGAGGACUCUUGGGGUCGGGAGACCUUGCUCUGGGCUUGGCCCAGGGUCAGCAUCACUGCAGUGCUACACAGAUACUUGGCUUCCCAUCUUACACAUUUUGGUACCUUGAUCUAUGUUGAAGAGCACCCAUCCUGAAUGAAGUUUCUUGGCAGUACAGAAGUGGAGCAGCCAAAGGGGACGGAAGUUGUGCGAGAUGCGGUGCGGAAGCUAAAGUUUGCAAGACACAUCAAGAAAUCUGAAGGCCAGAAAAUUCCUAAAGUUGAAUUGCAAAUAUCAAUUUAUGGAGUAAAAAUCCUAGAACCUAAAACAAAGGAAGUCCAGCACAAUUGCCAGCUUCAUAGAAUAUCAUUUUGUGCAGAUGAUAAAACCGACAAGAGGAUAUUCACUUUCAUAUGCAAAGAUUCCGAGUCAAAUAAACAUUUGUGCUAUGUAUUUGACAGUGAAAAGUGUGCUGAAGAGAUAACUUUAACCAUUGGCCAAGCAUUUGACCUGGCAUACAGGAAAUUUCUAGAAUCUGGAGGGAAAGAUGUUGAAACAAGAAAGCAGAUUGCAGGGCUACAAAAAAGAAACUUAGUGUUCUCAUGUGACUUUGCUUCACUUCCCGAUGCUUCUCAUGGGGAUCAGAGCAGCAGAAGCAGCAGAUUCUGGAUCCAAGACCUAGAAACAGAAAAUAUGGAACUUAAAAAUAAAGUACAAGAUUUGGAAAACCAGUUAAGAAUUACUCAAGUAUCAACAUCUCCAGCAGGCAACAUGGCACCCAAGCCACCUUCCACGGACAUCUUUGAUAUGAUUCCAUUUUCUCCAGUUUCAGACCAGUCUUCAGUAGCUACUCGCAACGGCAUGCAGCCACCCCCAGGACCUAGUAGAGCUACAGAAAUGAAACGGGACCUGUUUGGAGCAGAACCUUUUGACCCAUUUAACUGUGGUGCAGGGGAUUUCCCUCCAGAUAUUCAAUCAAAAUUAGAUGAAAUGCAGGAGGGGUUCAAAAUGGGACUAACUCUUGAAGGCACAGUAUUUUGUCUCGAUCCAUUAGACAGCAGGUGCUGAUGCCAGGAAGGAGAGGUGCUGCCUUGUGUUCCAUUUGUUUAUAUCCGUGUAUAUUAUGCAUUAUUACUUUGAGACAGGUAUUAUGAAUGUGCCAAUAUAUUUUUGAACAUCUUACUGCUUUGAAAACUAUUGCAGUAAAAUUUCUUCACAUUCAGUGUUGAUCUGUACCUUUUAUUCCAAAAGCAACUUAGUAUAAUGUGUAUCUUACUUUUAUAUUCCUUUUUCUUUCUGUUGUCAACGAAUUUAAAAUUGAAACACAAAUCAUCCCAAUAAUCUGCCUUGUUUGUGGUCUAAAUAAUUAGCACCUUAAAAUUUGAGUUCAUUCUUCAGGAUGCUAGUUUAUUUCUGAUGUCCCAAAAGCCAUACCUUAAAUGGUAACUUUUAAAAUUCUGCAGAGAUAUAAUGCCAAACUACACAUGUUCUGUUUUCAAACCAAUAAAGAUGUGACCAUUCACUAGAUAGAUGUCAUUUUACAUAUAAAAUGCUGUUCACAUCAUUGGGAAAAUGUUAGCUUUGAAUUCUGUGCCACCUCUUCACUAAUAUUUAGCUGAUAAA